AUGGAGAAGAUACUUGACGGAAGAACUAAUGGAGCACUCAAGAAGACCAAGAUCGUGUGUACUCUUGGACCACAAUCCAGGUCUGUUGAGAUGAUCGAGAAGCUUCUUAAAGCUGGUAUGAACGUAGCCCGUUUCAAUUUCUCACAUGGUACCCACGAGUACCACCAAGGAACUCUCGAUAACCUCAGAAUCGCCACGAAGAACACUGGUCUCAUGUGUGCCGUCAUGCUUGACACAAAGGGUCCUGAGAUUCGAACCGGAUUUCUCAAAGAAGGCAAACCGGUGCAACUAACUCACGGUCAAGAGAUCACAAUCUCAACUGAUUACACUUUGCAAGGAGAUUCAAACACAAUCUCCAUGAGCUACAAGAAACUUGCAGAGGAUCUAAACUCUGGUGACGAGAUUCGCUGUUCCGACGGCACAAUCUCUCUGACCGUCUUGUCAUGUGACAAGGUUAACGGUCUAGUUCGUUGCCGUUGCGAGAACUCAGCAACCCUAGGAGAGAAAAAGAACGUUAACCUCCCAGGAGUUGUAGUUGAUCUCCCAACUCUUACAGAGAAAGAUCAAGAAGAUAUUCUCAAGUGGGGAGUUCCUAACAAGAUCGAUAUCAUUGCUCUCUCCUUUGUUCGAAAAGGAUCUGACCUAGACCUAGCCAGAAAGUUACUUGGAGAGCACGCAAAGCGUAUCAUGCUUAUGUCAAAGGUUGAGAAUCAAGAAGGAGUGAUGAACUUCGACGAGAUUCUAAAGAACUCUGAUGCAUUCAUGGUGGCAAGAGGAGACCUAGGGAUGGAGAUUCCUAUCGAGAGAAUAUUUCAAGCACAGAAGAUGAUGAUAGAGAGAGCCAACGCUGUCGGAAAACCUAUCGUGACAGCAACACAAAUGCUUGAGUCUAUGAUAAAGUCUCCUCUCCCGACAAGAGCUGAAGCAACAGACGUGGCAAACGCUGUCCUAGACGGAACGGACUGCGUCAUGCUCAGUGGAGAAACCGCGGCAGGAGCCCACCCUGAAGCAGCCGUGAAGAUCAUGGCGAGAAUCUGUAAAGUGGCGGAGGAUACGCUUGACUACGAUGCCGUGCAUAAGAAGAUUCAAGAAGCUGUUCCGUUGCCUUUGUCUACUGUUGAGGAGUUGGCUGCUGAAGCUGUGGCCAAGGCGAUGAAGCAGAAUGCUAAGGCGAUUGUGGUGCUCACUAAGGGGGGAUACACGGCGGCGCUUGUGGCGAAAUACAGGCCUAGUGUUCCGAUUCUUUCGGUGGCUAUUGCCGAUGAUGGAGAGUCGAGGUGUUCUGAGUCUGUGGCGAAACGUGGCUUGAUUUACCGUGGGAUUGUUCCUGUGGUGGCGAACAGUGGUUCGACGGAGGAGGCGACUAGAUUUGCGGUUGAGUUUGCGAAGGAGAAGGGAAUCUGUAAGGGUGGAGAUUCGAUUGUCUUGGUGCAGUACAUUGAUGGUUCCUCUGUUCUCAAGAUAAUGCUCGUGGAGUAA